AUGACGCGGGAAAGGCCCCUAGGGGCCCUUAAAAUUAAAAAAGAAAGGGGGCCCCCAGCAUCAAUACCCCAACAGCAACAGGAGGCCCCUGCAGCAGCAGCAGCAGCAACAGCAGCAGCAGCAACAGCAGUCAAGGUAAAAAAGGAGACCGAGAAGUCCUCUACGCCUGCAACACAACAGCAACAAAAACAGCAGCAGCAGCAGCUGCAGCAAAAGCAGCAGCAGCAGCAGCAGCAGCAACACGCAUCUUCUGUUAAAAGAUCCACCCUCAGUCAUUCUUCUUCGCAAGAGGGCCAUAAAGGGGGGCCCCCAGGGGGGCCCCCAAGAGACUCUAAGGGGGCCCCUUCAGGGGCCCCUAAGAGCAACAACAAGGGGGCCCCUGAGGGGCCCCCAAAGAGCAGCAAGGGGGCCCCUGAGGGGCCCCUUAGAACGUCUAAGGGGGCCCCUUCAGGGGCCCCUAAGAGCAACAACAAGGGGGCCCCUGAAGGGGCCCCUUCAAGGCCCCCCAAGAGCAGCAAGGGGGCCCCUUCAGGGGCCCCUAAGAGCCCUGAGGGGCCCCCUAAGAGCAGGAGGGGGGCCCCUGAGGGGCCGCCUAAGAGCAGGAAGGGGGCCCCCUUAGAGGAUAAGGGUUUGUAUGAAGAUGAAAGAAAUAAAGAGCCUAAGAAGGGUUUAGAGGGCCCCUCUGCUCGUUAUCAAAGUUUAUUAAAAGUAGAUAAUGUAAUGGAGGUAGAAGGCGAAGAAGAUUUGCUGUCAGAUGAUGAAGAUGAGUUAAAUAAAAUCGGAGAUGUACCCCUAUGGUGGUAUGAUAAAUAUAAACAUAUAGUGAAGGGAGGCGCAUAG